UUUCCUUUUUUUUUUUUUUUUGUAUUUCUCUUUUUUUUAUAUUUCUUUUCUUGUACAUUAUUCAUUGUACUCGUCGAUCGAGUGAUAUUCGCCAGCGGCAUAUUACAUCAUGCAUUUCUCCACACUCUCAUUAUGCCUUGUGCUCGUCUCUGGCGUAGCAGCAUCACCCACAAGGUUCCAGCCCAGCGUCGGUGGCUACAGUCGUGGCCUUGCCAGUCGAUCCUCCAUCACCGUUACAGAUGGCGACAAGGUUGUGGACGAGCAAAAGUUCAACCGAGCAGACGUCAGCGUUGACGGCAGUAAGGUAGCCGCGGCUGAACCCAACCAGGCCGCAAAGGAGGGAGAAGAAAACUUCAAGAACAACUUGGGCAUCGCCAUCGACCCCAACACCGGCGCCAGCAAUUCUGGCGGAGCUCUUGGCAUCACCAGAGGAUCCGACGGUAGCCUGUCGGUCGGCGGCAAGAACGGCAUAAACAUCGGUGCUCCCGCCGCUAAUGCUAGUCCUGGAAAAAACGCAACCGCUGGGGCAAAGGGCUCUGGCAAGAAGGGUGCUAAUCUCGGCGCUGGUGCCGCGAAAAAUGCGACCACCCCUGCCACUGGUGCUGGUGCCGAAAAUGGCAAGAAGAAUGCUGACGCCGGCCUGGAGGCACUCAAAGGCUUGCUCAACUUGUUUGGUGGCGGAGGCAAGAAGAAUGAAACUGCUCCAGGGGGCGCCAAGGCCGGUGGUGAUGCUGCCAAAGCCGGAGAGGGAGCCAAGGCAGGUGAUGGAGCAAAGGCAGGUGAGGGCGCCAAGGCAGGUGAGGGAGCCAAUGCUGGUGAGGGAGCCAAGCCCGGUGAGGGUGCUGCGGCAGGCGAGGGAGAAAAGGCCGGAGAGGGAGAAAAGGCUGGAGAGGGAGCCAAUGCUGGUGAAGGUGCCGCUGCAGACGAGGGCGUGGCAGAAUGAUGAAAAGAAUAGGGUUGCGUGGAACGUAAAGAGGAGUAAAGACUGGUUUCUUGUUUGAGGUAUAUACAGACUUCCCUUCACAUGUGUCAUUAGAUCUAGAGAGAAACAGGUACACCAGCACUGGUCAAUUGAAUGCCGC